GAAGAUGAGGAACAAGAGGAAGAACAGGAAGAACAGGAGGAAGAGGAGGAGGAGGAAGAAGAAGAGGAAGUAGAGAAGGAAGGUGAAGAUGAGAAGGAAGAGGAGGAAACGGUGGAAGAGGAGGAAGAGGAAGAAGAGGCGAAAGAGGAGGAGGAACAGGAAAAGAAUGAGAGGCUUUUAGUAGCGGUCCAGGCCUCUUUUGUUGGAUAUUUAGUAAUUCUAGCAGAGGGGCCACAUUUCCAGUCCACCAUAAGGCAGACUUGGUACAACGUUAACAGUCUUGAUGGUAUUUAG